AGCUUGUUCCUACGACUGAAUCAAGAUGUCUCUUCGUACGAUGCAGCUUCAGGACUUAAACCCUCACAUUAUGUGCGUGUUAUGCGGUGGAUACUUAGUGGAUGCUACAACCAUUGUCGAGUGUCUGCAUUCGUGUAAGUAGUGAGACGUUUUUACAACUUCUAUUUUUAAUGGAUGUUGCUGCUGAAUGUGAGCGAGAGACUUUAGAAGAGCCAGCAGGCUUGUUCUGCUUCCUCGUUUGUGAAGGUUUUGGUUGUUUUGGUUUUCCUGAUUCCCCCCCAUUGGCGGUCAAUUUUCUCAGUAUAGCCCUCUUCAUACUCUGCGGUUGGCGACGACUGAUUCCCCCUCGGUUCCCCCUGAAAAUCAUAUGAUCCCACAAAAUCCUACCCUCUUCUCCUCCCAGGCGGUAAAGAAUGACCUGUUCCUUCUAUUUACUGAGAAAAUGUGACCAUCUAACACUUCGUUAUUCGGACCAAAACAGUUGAUCUGGACAAGAAUAAUUAACCCCUAAAUCCCCAGGAGUGACAAAGGGAGAACUUCUCCUUACAAUUAGAAAUGUGAUGAGAAUAAAGCAGAAUAUAACUUGGGGGACUUAAAGUUAAUCCGAUACUAAAUUCUCUCAAUUAAUAUCAAGUGAUUUUAUGGGAGACAGUAAGAAGAAAUACGAAUCAGAUCUUGGGAGUUAAAGGGUUAAGUCACUUAGCUACAGCUUUGAAUAUCAAAACACUAAACAAACAUUAAGAAAAGAAAAAACAGAGCAAAACGAAGAGAAAUAAAAGAUGAACAAAAACAGCAACAAAAAAACCAACCAAACAAAUAAGUACACUCACAAACAAGACGAUCCAAAGAAAAAAGUAGCAUUUCCAAUUGAUUGGAAAGAAAAUGAAAAAAAAAAACUUGAAAUUGAAAGUAAUGUUAUUAAGACAUGUUCUUGACUUUUGAACUGUUAUCAACUUAGUUGGAUCGCUUAAGUUUUUUUAUUCUGUUUUUAUCUCUAGUUUGUCGCAGCUGUAUCGUUAAAUAUCUCCAGACAUCAUAUCACUGUCCUGUUUGUGAUGUUGAAGUCCACAAAACUAAACCGCUUCUUCAUAUUCGGUGAGCAUAAUGUAAUUGCAGCCAGUCCUUUACAAAGCAUGAGGCUAGUAUCAAGGUACGUUGCCCUGACGCCUGGUAAAUUAAGACAUAUCUGUGUUUCAUUUUUAGACCUGAUAGAACUUUACAAGACAUCGUUUACAAGAUCGUACCUGGUAUUUAUCAUGGUAAGGAAAAAAAAUACUCUUCUGCAGACGGUGUUUUAUUUGUGAUGUUUGGUUUUCCUCAUGAACUUGAAACUUAUUCAUGAAAUCGUUGUCUUUUCAGAGGAGGUUAAUAGGCGUAAAGAGUUUGAAGCGAGUCAAACAGACAAGAAUGAAUCAGGUUUGUAUUUUACAGUUCAGCCUUAUGUUACUCUAGUAGGUUAUCUGUGAAUAGACAGUGCAGUGAGCACUAACCGUUGAAGGAAAACUUUCGUAAAUGAUAAAGUUAAAAAAAAAGGUCCUUUUAUGUGAACUUUAUCGUGAAUGUUUCCAAUUGUAUUUCCGAGAAAAAUGAAGCCAACUCACACACUAUCCCUGCAUUUACUUUGAUAUUAUCGUAACUUUAUUCUGUAGCGUUCCCCAAAAGAACGCAGUAAGCUCACAGCCCUUCUAUUCAGUUUUAUGGAGAAGUUAUUUUAUUCCAAUUAGAUAUUUGUUGUGCUUAUUUCAUGAUUAUUUCACCUUUCCCACUUUUUGGCCUUACCAUAUUCCCCAGAGCACCCAACGCCUUCACUCCCUAUUAUGACGUCUUUCUUCGCCUAACUCAAGUUGUUGGGCAUUGUUUAUUGCUAUAUAACACCUCAUUACCCAUCCCUCUUUAUGCGGCCGCAUUACAGAAACUUUUCUAUCCCUGAUGAUGUUGUGGAUCGGCGGAAGCUUAGAAGCCUAUUGCUUAUUGUUAGGACAGUGGUUAAGACCUCAUUUGAAACCAUCAUACAACUUCUUAGAAUAGUUUACAGGUCUUGUACGGCCGUUUUCACGAUCGUAUAAUUAGAAUUACGAGCUGUUUUCGUGAACGAUUAAGUACGAUUUUGCUUAGGGUGUAUCAGUAGUUGGAGAUGUUGUUUUCUGUUUCUCACAGCUACUGACGAGACAGCAACGUCAAAUGAUCAAGAAAAAGAAAGUCUUCCUUUCGAAGAUCCUGUCUGUAUAACUCUUGAAUAUUUCAGGUACAAACCCAAUUUGACUUCUUUUUGAUCUGAUGGAGAUGGGAAGGGUGAUACCGCGGGGGUUUGUACUUGCAUUCUCCCAGCAUAUUUUGCGAAUCCAGAGACUUGCAAAUCUCUACUUUUGUGCUUAAAAUGGUUAGUGGAAGGGUGCUAGAGAGAGUUUCGUUGAAGGAAACCGAUAAAGAUUGAGAGCUAGCUCGUGUCGUUCCACUGCGUUACAUAUCGUACAGGGAAGUUUGAAACGCAAGCUAAAAUAUUUUGUUUGAUUCGAUUUGAUUUUAUCUUUUCUAGGAAAACAAGGAACCGGAUGGAAAAGGAGGUAAAGAAAUGUUCUUUAUUUUCUACUUCACGUUUUGAAGAAUCAUACGAUGGCUUUCCGUCACCCAAUAUGAUAUAAGAAAUCGAUCGUCUCAAUAUACUUUGCAUUUCCGUUAUGAUGACUUCCGCUCACGUAGUGGAAACGAUAGUGAAUUUAAACGACGAAAAUGGUUUUCAGGACUAUCUUCACCUUGACGAUCAGACUAUACGAUCGGAUUAAUUCGCUACGCAUACAAUGUAUGGUAACCUCGUUCUGUACGAACCCCCUUUUGAACAUGUUCCUAUUGAAAGAAUUUGCCGUUCACUGGCUCCUCGUCAUUUUGGAAUUUCCUAUAUUUGGGUUAUCGUAAUUCAUUUUUAAAACUGAGUGAGCUAGGGUGAAGAAAAAUGUUUACAUUUUGCUUCGCAGGUCUUCCCUACGCGUUAUCUGCGUUGUUCUUCGGAAGUGACUGUAAAAGUUCUGAAGAAAUUUCUGGUCAUGAAGUUUGCUAUUCCUGAAACACACAUAGUAAGUAAAAGUGAUGUUGACAUGAUAAUUGGCCUGUUAAAAUCGUGAUAACACCUCAUUAGAAGUGUUGCGUGACAGCACCUUAGUCACGAAACUGUAAAAUGAACGAUGAAAAAGCCAUUACUAAAAAUGUAGUCAUCUUUUGACCAUUUAAACACUGCCUUUUCCUUGAAGAUUUGCUAUGAUAGAUGAUGGUUUUCUUUCCUUUUUUUUUGCUCAGAUGAUGUUUUCACAAUUUUUGACGUUUUCAACCAAAAUCUUAGUCAUUUUAGAGACCUUCACUAAAAAUAAUUUCACUUAAUUCAGCAUCUUCUUUACGGCUCCUUUUUUCAGACUGAGAUCAUUCGUUCCGAUGAAAUCUUAGAUGGUCACCUGACUAUGAAAGAAGUAUGCAGGAUAUAUGGCCUGUAUUCCAAGGUAAAUAAAACCGGAAACGCACGUCGCCUAGAGGAAAUGUAUGCAGAGAGUUAAGGCUCUGCGGGAAAAAAACAAAGCUUCAAUCUACAAAUAAGAAAAACAAACGUAGCGUAACACGUUUAUACUGUGGGGGGGGGGGCGGGAGGGAGGGAGGAGGACCUUCCCCUUCCCUCCCCCCACUGUAAGGAGGCCUGUUCUCUUAAAAUGUAUACUUCCGUUAGGCGUUACCUUUCCAGAAAUAUCUGUGUAUCAACUCUUACACCCUAACAUCAGUAUGCAUAUUCUCCUUACUGUUCUUCAUAAAUUUUCUAAGAUGCUCUCAAGGAGAAUUUGUUUAACAAUCAAAAACUUCUUCAUUUGGUGUUUUUUUUCCUUUUAUUCUCGUGACCGUAAGUUUUAGUGUGAUUCAGACAGGGUGAUUUUGUAAGGGGAAAUUAGAUGUUAGUCACUCUUAGGGGGUCAAGGUGUUAAUAAUACUGUUAAAAUAUCAUGGCCUAUCCCUCUCUGGGCCGGGUUGUUCAAAGUUUGGUUAAGUUAACCCAGGAUUGGUGUGAAAUCUGAGGGCUUGUACAAAAAAAUUUAGUAUACUUCUUUUUGUGUAGAAUUUGAUUAUUUGAUGCUCUAAAUAAAGGAAUAGAGAAAAUUAUCCCGAAAGGCUUUUCUACAAAGGAAUUAAGAAACCCGGAUUAAGAUCCCACCUUGGGUUAGCGCUAACCGACCUUCGGAAGUCUUUUUAACGUUUGUGAAAAGAGAAAAGACGUUCUUUUUUAUUUUUUUUUUUUCUAUUUUUCCUUUGUAGCCGUUUGUAGAUCUACAGUUUGUUUUCCUCGAGAAAAAUGAUUCAGGGUCUGUGUCUGAGGAAAAGCCCAAGAUUUUGGAAGUAAAACGAAAGAAAAUUAAAAAACGGAAGAGAAACAAAGCUCUCCUGAAGAAAUGCUUGGACUCCAACUCGCCUGGCCAAUUCAAAAAGAAAUUCGGAAAGAAGAAAAAAUCUUCUUCAAAUCAACCAUGUGAGAUUGGAGGAAAAGUCAACAUGGAGCCCAGUGAACCUCAGUCAUUUGAAAACGAAAAGAAAGAGAACCUGGGACCCUCUUCCAAUCUGCUGUGCUCAAAUGUCAAUAAAGGAAGAUUGGAGUCUCCUCAAGGACUUGCUUGUGAUGACGUUGAAAAUCUUCGUGAUCCUAAUGUUAAGGAGUCUAGCCUUUGUUUUCAACCUCAAGCCAACGGAAGUAGCGUUAGCGAAAGUAAGCUGAUUGUUUACUCUCAAGGAAGCGGGAACUUUAAUCAGAACGAAACAUCUGCUGCAGACCAAAAUACUGUUGAUAGACUUGAACAUGAUGUAACAGACACGUCGGUAAGUUCCGAUAUGAAAAUCGCUGAUAGUUCGUCGAUUUUAUCGCCAAACUCUCAGUCACGUGGAGAGCUUUUCCUGCCAACGACGAACACGGGUUCUGUGGAUGAGCCUUCAGUCUCUUUGGAUGCGAAUGAUUUGGCGUUUGCACAAUUGGAUGGAAAUUUGAAAGGAAAAGAAGUGGAAUCCUCUGUAUUGAACCAAACUAAUGACGAUUUCAUGAAUCACCGUUCUACUGAGUUGGAGUCUCCUAACAUGCUUCGUGGGCUUGGGUUAAUGUUGGAAACCCUGUAGCAUAAACUCGUGAAAUUCUUUUCAUAAAGAAAGAAGAGUGGUUGUGUGGUACGACGUGGCAAGUGUGGAGUUGAAUAAAACUGGAUAUUUCUCCUGAGAUCAUUACUGUGAUGUCAAUACUUCUUGCAAAACGGGGCACUAUUUCCAGCAUUUCUAGGGUUUUUUGUUUUCACGUCCUGAUUUUUGUUUUUCAAGAAAUACCUAUACGAGGAU